AUGAAUUAUUAUCAUCUCGCUGACAAGAAACAAGAACAGAAGACUACUGCCUGGUCAAAGCUAUGGUCAAGCCGGAACCCAGAGAUCCUGUCCAUGCAGCUUGCGAAACAGCACCAGCCUGGCAAAACUGUAUCGGCCUACCGGGUGAGAUAUUAUGAAGGGCCAGAUUUCAUUGUUCGUUUCGCUGCCCUUGGAAGGGCUAUUCUCCGCAGGGAGAAAGUUGAAGUAGCGACAAUGAGAUACCUACGCAAGAAUACGUCAAUACCUGUUCCUGAAGUGUUUGGCCACGGUAUCUGCUGGGCUGGUCCUUAUAUUGUUAUGUCGUUUCUUGGAGGAGUGCCGUUAUCAAUGCUUCUCAAAGACCCUUCUUCAAAGGGAAGGUCAGUACUAAAUCCGCAGACAGGCGAUCGGAGCCUGACGCGGGCGUAUCGCGAAAUGGCCGUGAUUAUUGUCGAGUUGUCUGGACACGAAUUUGAUUCAAUUGGUGCGCUUGAGGGCAAUGAGAAGGGUUUCUUUAUCACCAGCUUACCCGAAGAAGACUGUCGAAAGAAAUUCACCGCUCGUUGUUUAUUCUUAGACAUCACAAGGAUACUCUGCGCGGAGCAUCUUCAAGAGCCAUUUCAGCUAUAUUGUGACGACUUCCGACCUUCGAAUGUCCUAUUAAAUCUCGACCCUUUCCGCAUCUCGGGCGUUAUUAACUGGGAGUUUACAUAUGCUGCCCCUGCUGAGUUUACAUGGGUUGCUCCUUGGUGGCUUUUACUGCAGAGUCCGAAGGACUGGGAGGGCGACCUGGAUCUGUUUCUGAGUCGCUAUGUUCCCAGGCUCCGUCUCUUCUUGGAAGUUCUAAGUGACCAUGAAAGCAAGCUGAUAGAGCGACAACUCCUCUCUGAGUCACAGCGCCUGUCUCCACCUAUGGAGGACUCCAUUGGAUCUGGACUACUUUGGGUUUGCUUGGCCGCACGAUACAGCUCCAUGUUUGAUGAGAUCUACUGGACCUUCAUUGACAGGCGAUAUUAUGGGCCCUUUAACUCUCUUGACGACAAUAUACAGCUUUUGAACCCAGAGCAAAAGCAAUAA